GACUAAUUAAAAGAAAUAACUAAAUGAAACUUUCUUAACUAUUGGAAAAGAGAACUCAUGGAUAUAGGGAUUAGACCUCGGGUGAUCAAGUUUCGAACUAAAGAUGGCAAACGAUCAAUCAAUCUAUUAACCUUAAGCUAGGACACAACUCUAAACAAACUCUAUGUCUAGAUGAAUGUUCAUUUACUAACAAAAUUCAAUCAUCAAAUGUCUUUGGUUGAAUAAAAUGAAAGCAAUCAUAACUAGCAAGUCCAAUGGCUAUCUUAGCAUCUCUAACAACAAAUGUCUUUGGCAAAGUAUGCUAAAAGCUUAGAAGAGUUGUCUCGGGCAUUUCCUCGAACACCUUUCGGGUGGGAAAUGCCUAAGGAUCAACUACUGAGUGGCCAACUCAGAAGAUGCAUUAUAUUCACUCUACUAAGCAAGGGAAUAUGAAUGAUCUACACUAAAACAUCCUAGUUCUAACCUAAUCACCCUUAAUCUCCCUAACCCAUGAAUUCAAAAGGUGAUUACUCACUACUCUUCAUGAUUCCUCUUAAACCCAUGGUGGAUUUCAGAUUAAUCAUGUAGAGAAACACAGAAAAUAGAUAAGAACACAGAAUUUCAAUAAUAAACUGAUCAAUUGAUUCAAAGAGAUGACUUUCCAAAGGUUUUUGGUGGUUUUUUCUAAGAACAAAGAUGAUCCUCCUGUUGGUGGCUUACAGGGUAUUAAAACAUAGGUUUAGAAAAUAAAAACGUGCAUAAAGAAAUGACCAAAAGGCCCUUGAGAAAUCAUAAGUUCGAGUAAAAUUGAGACGCGCAGCGACCUCGGCCCGUCGCUCCGACAAGUCGCUCCAGGCUUCGGGAGCGACCUCGCUGGGUCGCUGCGAGAGGUCGCUCCGAGAGCGAUUUCGUGUCUCCGAGAACCAAAAAGGCGAGCGACUUCUCCCUGUCGCUCUGGUAAGGUCGCUCUGGAGGGGUAGCCACAGCGACUUCACAGCGUCGCUCCGGUUAGGUCGCUCCAGUGUGUUGUUCGUCCGAUGAUCACCUUAAACACUUCAUUUUGAGCUCCAAAUGCUUCCAAGAACUCCAUGUGGUACUCCAAUACCUGAUAGGGACUCAUGUAUGCAAAAUGCAACCUAAACAUGGCUAAAUCCUAAUCUAUAUGAUCAAAAUGCACAUGGGUGAAUGGAUAAAAUGAUAGAAAUAUGCAAGAUAUCAAGCACAAGCAACAUUUGGUCUAGGAGGGGGAAAGAUGCUUCUGUUCUUCAGGUCAAGACCAACAAGAGUGAAGGAAAGCAAAAACAAAUUGGGAAACAAGCAAAGGCACAUCUGCAGAGAAAGGCUUUAAGUGGCAGGUCCAUUUAUCUGACUGUUGAUCAUGGUGCGUAUAAACUGGAACCAGAUAUCUUUACCCCAGAUAAGGAGAAUCUUACCCCAAACUCUCAUAUGCUAAGACGCUUGCGAGAAGUGGGUGAGAUUAAGGAUACUAAAAGCUCCUCCUCUAAAGCAAUGCGUAAACCAUUCUUUGAUAUUCAUGUGGAAGAAAACCUGUUGGCGCAGCAAAAACCAGAAGUUCACUGCAUGAGCAGCAACUCAAAGGUGAAGCAAGAGCCUGUGGCACUGAAGAAGAAAGCUGAACGGGCUCCUUUUCAACCGUUACUUGAAAAAUCAUCGUCCCAAAGCCAAUCAUACAGCGAGGCUCCUUCGACUGCAUCAGCAAGAAACAACAUUUCUAGGGGCGUUCGUUCUUCUUCUAACCUUUCUGAUGGAAAGAACAAGAUGAAAUGGACCAUUGUGUUGGACACUUCUUCACUCCUCGACAAGGAUUCUAGGAAGACACUGCAUCUUCUGCAAGGUCUCAAGGGGACACACCUGGUCGUUCCAAGAACAGUGAUAAGGGAACUAAAUGAGACGAAGCGUACUCGCAAUGUUCUCUUUAGAAGAACAGUAGAUAUGGCUUCGUCAGCUCUGGAUUGGAUCGAAGAGUGCCAGGUUAAUAGCAAAUGGUGGAUUGAGCUUCAGAGCCCGUUAGAGGAAACCAAAGCAACUGCACCAACACCACCAGUCACUCCCCAGUCAAAUGGCUUUGCAUUCCCGUUUUCACUUCAGUGGAAUAACUAUGCACCAGAGAUCGAUUCUCCUACAUCAGAAGAUGAAGUUCUCGAAUGUGCACUUCUUUACCGAAACCGUAACAACAUUGAUGAAAAGCUCGUUCUUCUUAGCAACGAUAUAACUCUCAAGAUCAAAGCCAUGUUAGAGGGUGUGAUUUGCGAGACGGCACUUGAGUUCUAUGAGAGUUUGAAGAAUCCCUUGUCGGAGAGGUUUAUGUGGCCAGAGAGUUUGCCGAGAGGAAGGACUUGGAGUCAUGCAGACGACGUCGUGCUAAGAGAAAGGUACGACAGCCGAACUUGUUUUCCUUACAGGAAGAAACCAACGUUCAAUGGAGGAAGAAGAGAAGAGAGUGGUGCAGCAGCUGCAGCGAAAGGGUUGAAGCUCAUAUUGCUCCAUAACUCUCAAUAUGGCCACAUUCAUUGAUGAUGCAUCUAUCAUCAUCUAUUGUUAUUCUUUCUUUUCAAGUAAGCCAAAUCAAUUCAACUCGCUUACACAAGAAUAACAUGGAAUACUUUUUAGAAUGAUGACAUUUUCAUAUUAUUGCGACUUUUUAUGAUUGUGGAAUUGCAUUUUGUCAUCCAACUAUAACGAUUUUCAUUCCCACUAAAAUUAGAAUAUUGGGGUUCA